AUGCAACUGCAAAAGAAACGCAUAAAAAGCAUUCAGUUCGGUCUUUUCUCUCCGCAGGAGCUGCGCGCAUCUUCGGUCGUGCGCAUCGACCAUCCCGAGACGCUUUCGAACCAGGCACCGAAAGAAGGCGGUCUUAUCGAUCUCAGGCUGGGCACGACAGAGCGGCAGUACCUGUGUGCCACGUGUGCACAGAGCAACCUGACAUGCGUAGGUCAUUUCGGGCACAUUGAGCUUACGCGGCCGGUGUUUCACGUGGGAUACAUGAACAAAAUUAAGAAACUGCUUGAGACCGUGUGUUUCUAUUGCAGCCGUAUCAAGGCGUACGAUGUGUACAAGGAGCACAAGGAUGCCGUGCUUAGGCAGGGCCUGAGCUACUUCUGGGGUCUGUGCAAGGGCAAGACACAGUGUAUGCACUGUCAAUCAAAGCAGCCGCUCAUAAAGCGGGACGGUCUGUCGCUGAUCGCGUUUAUCAAGGGCGAGGACAACACGGAGGGCAAGGUUAUUCUGAACGGUGAGCGGGUGCACACCGUUUUCAAGCGCAUCAGUGCGGAGGAGUGCGAGGUACUCGGCUUUGACGAGAAGUAUGCUCGUCCGGAAUGGAUGAUCAUCAGUGUGCUCAACGUGCCGCCGCCGGCAGUGCGCCCGAGCGUUGUGCUCGAGGGCAUGUUGCGUGGCGAGGACGAUCUCACACACAAGCUGGCAGACAUUGUGAAGGCAAAUGCGAAUCUGGCGAAGUACGAGCGGGAGGGUGCGCCGGGGCACAUCAUCCGUGACUAUGAGAGUCUUCUGCAGUACCACGUAGCAACGCUCAUGGACAACAAUAUACCAGGCCUGCCGCAGAGCCUGCAAAAGAGCGGUCGGCCGCUGAAGAGCCUGAGUGCGCGUCUCAAGGGCAAGGAGGGCCGUGUGAGAGGCAAUCUGAUGGGCAAGCGCGUUGAUUUCAGUGCGCGUAGCGUGAUAUCACCCGACAGCAACAUCUCGCUGUGCGAGGUGGGUGUGCCCGAGUCUAUUGCCAAGGUGCACACGUUCCCUGAGCAGGUCAUGUCGUUCAACAAGGCGCGUCUCGAAGUGCUUGUGCGGAACGGGCCGAACAAAUGGCCCGGUGCCAAUUUUGUUACGCGCGAGGACGGCCAGCGCAUCGAUCUGCGUUUCAACCGCAACAGCAUCCUGCUGACCGAGGGGUGCGUGGUGGAGCGGCACAUGAUGAACGGCGAUGUGGUGCUGUUCAACAGGCAGCCCUCGCUGCACAAGAUGAGCAUGAUGGCUCAUCGAGUGCGUAUCAUGAAGGGAAAGACUUUCCGUCUCAAUCUGAGUGUUACGUCGCCGUACAAUGCCGAUUUUGAUGGCGAUGAGAUGAAUCUGCACAUGCCGCAGAGCUACAACACGCGUGCUGAGCUCGAAAAUAUCUGCGGGGUCGAUAAGAAUGUGCUGUCGUGCCAGGGUAACAAGCCGGUGAUGGGCAUCGUGCAGGACAGCCUGGUUGGGGUGAGGAAGAUGACCGAUGAUGGGGUGUUUGUGGAGUGGUAUGAGGGGCAGCACCUGUUGUACAAGGUGAUGGUGGACAGUUGCUACGACAGGAUGGGUGACGGUUACGUGGGCGGUAGCGGUGAGAUCGGUAGGAAUGUGCUGAGCGGUGAGAUCGGUGAUAGGACAAGAACGAUAGAAGAAAUGAUGAACGGAACAGGAAUGGCAAACGAGGUGGAUCAUACCGGUACUGACCGUGCGGAUAGGAUGAGUACCACAAUCGAUGCCAGCAAUACGAUCAAGGGCCCGUACGCUUCCACGAUCAGACCGGCUGUGCUGCGACCAAGGCGAUUGUUCACGGGCAAACAAAUGUUCUCCUGCACGCUGCCACGCAUAAACUACAAACGGGACAGCGUUCUCAUAAAGAACGGCAUACUCAUCAAGGGAUGCAUCGACAAGAAGGUGGUGGGAACGAGCCAGGGCAGCCUUGUGCACGUACUUGCGCUCGAGAACAAAAACAUCGUGCGCUUCUUCGACGGUCUGCAGCGCGUGGUGAACGGCUUUCUGCUGCAGAGCGGCUUUACGAUGGGUGUGGGCGAUACAAUUGCGGACGAGCGCACGCUACGCGACGUGACGGCGGGCAUACAGGCAAGCAAGAACGAGGUGAACAUGCUGAUCGAUGAUGCGCGCAACGGCAGGCUGCGGCGCAUGCCCGGCAUGAACCUGCGCGAAACGUUCGAGAGCAGAAUCGGUCAGGCACUCAACAAGGCACGUGAUGUGAGCGGCAGCAGUGCGAACGAUGGCCUGGGCACGGCGAACAACGUGCGCAUGAUGGUGAUGGCGGGCAGCAAAGGCUCGCUCAUUAACAUUUCGCAGAUGACCGCGUGCGUGGGACAGCAGAACGUGGAGGGUCACCGCAUUGCAUUCAGCAAUCAGCGCACGCUGCCACAUUUCCACAGGGAUGAUGACCGUGCACAGAGCCGUGGAUUCGUGGAAAAUUCGUACCUUGGCGGUCUGCGUGCGCACGAAUUCUUCUUUCAUGCGAUGGGGGGCCGUGAAGGGCUGAUCGAUACCGCGGUUAAGACCGCAGAGACAGGGUACAUCCAGCGAAGGCUGAUAAAGAGCAUGGAGAACUGCCAAAUUGCGUUCGAUGGCAGUGUGAGGAGCGAAAGGGAUGUAAUUUGUUUUCUGUACGGUGAUGACGGGUUUGAUGGGAGCAGGGUUGAGCGUGUUGAGAUAUGCGGGCGUGAUUUUUACUUGCCGUUCAAUUUUGAGCGUAUUUACGAGGGAGUGUGCGGUGGUGGGGUGUGCAAUGGAGGUGGAGGUGAAGAGGAGCAUCGUAUCAGCGAUUACAUCGGUGCCACGAGCGUUUCUUCCACCACGGCAUCGCACACCUUACCAAACGCGGCAUCUUCUCUGCCAAGCAAUGCAUCCUAUGCCGCGUCCCCCACCUCCUCCCUGCCAAGCGCAACACCGCAGCCCUUACCACGUGACAAGGAGAGCGUACUGAGAGAAUUGCUCACGUUCUCGUCCAACAGGGUGUUCAAUUUCUACUUGCAGUUGAAGAGCGAUAAAUUGCGGUGCCUUGACCUGCGAACACUCAUCAGGAUGAGCAGCGUAAUACGUGAGAAGUAUUACCGGGCAUUGGUGUGCACGGGUGAGAUGGUGGGAACGCUGGCGAGUCAGAGCAUAGGAGAGCCUGCCACGCAGAUGACACUCAACACCUUUCACUAUGCAGGCAUAGCAAGCACCAUAACGAUGGGCGUGCCCCGUCUUAAAGAGCUGAUCAACGUGGCAAAGAACAUAAAAACGCCGAGCAUGCUGCUCACCCUCAAGAACGAGUACAACGAUCUGAAGAACGCCAACCUGGUGAAGAACACGAUCGAGUACAAGGAGUUCAAGCACGUGAUAGAGAGCAUCUCCGUGGUGUACGAUCCUAACGUGACGGACACGCUGAUAGAGGAGGACAAGGAGUUCGUGCGUGCACAUUAUCUGUUUCCGGAUGAGGAGCGGGUGUGCAAUCUUAGUCCGUGGGUGCUGCGCGUAAAGCUGAGCAGGAACAGGAUGGUUAAGCUUGGAGUAACGCUUGAGAUGCUGCGAAUGAUGGUCAAGGAGCGUGUUGAUGUUGAGGUGGUUAUGACCGAUGAGAAUGCGGCAGAUUAUGUGAUGCGGAUGAGGAUGGUUGGGGAGUGUGAUGAUAGCAGGGUUAGGAAGGUUAUGGAUUGGGUGGUUGGUGUGCGGAUAGGUGGUGUUAAGGGGAUCAGUAGGGUGUAUUUGCUUGAGGAGGAGGGCACGGAUGGGAAUGAGGCGGGCACGGAUGGUGGAACGGGCAGUACUGCCGAUGCAAAUAACAAUAAAAAGUGGAAGUUGCAGACAAGCGGUACCAAUUUGAUAGAAAUACUGCACAACGAGUACAUCACCGACAGCUACAGCAACGAUCUGAUGGAGGUAUGCGCUGUGCUGGGAAUAGAGGCUGCUCGUAACGUGCUGAUAAAGGAAAUUAAGAAGGUGAUUGAGAGUGAUGGCAGUUACGUGAAUCAGAGACAUUUAAUGCUGCUCGGCGACAUAAUGACGAGCACGGGCGUGCUGCUGGGAAUUACUCGGCACGGCUUUAACAAGAAGGGUAGCAGCUGCUUGAUGCGCUGCACGUUUGAAGAAACGGUUGAGAUCCUUUUGAAUGCUGCUGCCGGCUCCGAGCAUACGAACAUGCGAACGAUAAGUGAGAGCGUGAUGAGCGGGCAGAUUGCUGCGCUGGGCACGGGCAACGUGGAACUGCUGCUUGAUGUGCAUGCACUGGGCGAUAAGGCGUUUGAGUUUGAACACACGGUGAGCACAGCGCAUAAAGGCGUGCUAUGGUCGCCCGAGAGUGGUACCGGUACUGAUGGCGUGCUGAGCCCCAGCAGGUACACGCCCAGGUACACACCGGUCAGUCCCACAUACAGCCGCGUGACCAGUCCGGUGUAUUCCCCUAAAUCACCGUCUUACAUGCCCACCAGUCCUAAGUACGUGCCUAUGAAUGCGAAGUAUGCGCUCGGCAGUUCGAGGUACAGUCCAACCAGCCCAACGUAUUCGCCCGACAGUCCACGGUACAAUCCAGGGUACACUGCUGGCAGUCCGCAGUACUAUUCGAGGGCCAAUCCUUCGUACUCACCUACAAGUGUGCGGUACUAUUCGCCUACGAGUACGCGGUAUGUUCCUGGAGGGGUGUCACCGUUGUAUGGGCCUGCCAGUCCUAAAAGGCGUGAUGAGGAUGACAAGAAAAAAGGGGAUGGAGAUGAGCAGGUAUGAUGUGCUGAUCAGUUGCGUAGAUAACCCUGAAUCAUCACCCGUUAAUACCGUGCCACAAUCGUACUGUGCUAUCACAUCGUUGUAAUACGUGGGAUUAAAAUACUUCGUUACGUUCCUGCAUUUCACAGAGAUGCCGUGGAGUACCACCCUAAAAUUGGGAAGUGCUUUUAAUGCUGUGCAAUGCGUUAAUUUAGUUUUAACUUCGUGCGUAAAUUAAAGUUUUAUUGUGAAC